GUGGUCAGCAUGACCCUCUCUGUAUUCCUGAACAUGCUCCAGGACCAGGACAUCGAAGCAUUCAGCUCCACUGCCCUGAAGCUGGCUGAUGCACUCCGGCCACUCUUUGAUAACGACAACAUCCAUGUGCAGCUGUUCUCCAUUCGCCUUUUCCAAGAGGUGAUGGAGUUGCUUGUGGAAGAGGGACCAAAGACCUUGAAUACGCAGGUGCACCAGAGCCUGGUCCCCCUGUUCUUCCAUCUGCACGAUGAGAACCAGUGCGUGGCAGAGGCCUCUCGGGAAACACUGCUUUGUGCUGCAAGUUUCCUCAAGAGGAGGGAUCUCGAGCAGCUGCUGAGGAGGGAGCAGCCCAUUAAGUUCUGCGAUUACCUGAUGGACAAGGACGUUAGCCGAAGGGAUGAGCACCUGCGCCAGGCCCUGCCAUAUCUGCAGAGCCCACAGCAGCCCUUGAGAGAGGCAGCCGUCAGGUUCAUGGGGAUCGCCGCCUGGCACAUGCAAGACCUGCAGCCCGUCAUGAAGGCCCUGGAAGUCAUGACCGAAGAUGACUGCUCCUCCUACUCCACCAUGCAGACUGCAGUCUUGUCUGCUUUUCGACGGGCAGUAACUAAGUAAUCUUCUCCACCAAGAUAACCAAUGUGCCUGGAACAGCACCGGACAACAGCAAAGACACCACUUCUCAGCGGUGCUGGGCUGGACCCAACUGAGCCUGACAGCAAGGCCAGGCAGCUCCUGGCCUCUCCAUCCCUAUGUACAGCUCCCUCCCUAUGUACAGCUCCCUCCCUUCCUGCCUAUUCCCUUCUCCUGCCCACAGUUCAUCCCUCCCCUUCCCCUUAGGUUAAGAAGAUUCAUCCC